AUGGUGCCUUCGAGGCUUCUCUCAGUAGGACCGCGGACCGUGUUUGGGGGCGUGGGGCGCUGGACUCGGGUCGCACCCGGCCAGCUCCCGUGGCACGCUCCCCCCAGGCUGCUCUCGGCCAGCUGUGCGGACCUCUCCAAGCACCAGGAGCCCCCCGGAAAGAAACCGCUCUCCGAGAAGAAGCUGAAGAGGCAUUUUGUGGACCAUCGCCGAGUGCUCAUCCGAGGGGGAUGUGGAGGCGAUGGGGUGAGCUGUUUCCACAGUGAGCCCCGGAAGGAGUUCGGAGGCCCCGACGGUGGUGAUGGAGGUGACGGUGGCCAUGUCAUCCUGAAAGCUGACCAGCAAGUCAAGUCGCUGUCCUCUGUGUUGUCGCGGUACCAGGGUUUCCACGGGCAAGCCGGCGGCCGGAAGAACUGCUCCGGGCGAGGCGGCGCUGUCCUCUACAUCCGGGUCCCUGUGGGCACCUUAGUGAAGGAGGGCAGUGAAGUCGUGGCUGACCUGUCCCGCCCGGGCGCGGAGUACGUCGCCGCUCGGGGAGGUGCGGGAGGAAAAGGCAACCGCUUUUUCCUGGCCAAUGACAACCGUGCACCGGUGACCUGUACCCCCGGGCAGCCCGGUCAGGAACGUGUCCUCUUCCUGGAGCUCCAGACGGUGGCCCACGCCGGGAUGGUUGGGUUCCCCAAUGCCGGGAAGUCCUCGCUUCUCCGGGCCAUUUCGAACGCGAGGCCUGCCGUGGCGUCCUACCCGUUCACCACCUUAAAGCCCCACGUUGGGAUUGUUCGCUGUGACGAUCACCAACAGAUAGCAGUGGCGGACAUCCCGGGCAUCGUCCGGGGCGCGCACCGGAACAGGGGCCUGGGGAGCGCCUUCCUCAGGCACAUCGAGCGCUGCCGCUUCCUCCUGUUCGUGGUGGAUCUCUCGGAGCCAGAGCCGUGGACUCAGCUUGAGGACCUGAAGUGGGAGCUGGAGCAGCACGAGGCCGGCCUGUCCCAGCCAAUUCCAAUGCGAGCUGUGCUCCCGCCAGGGGGCAGCCUCGGUGAGGGCGGCGCUGGGGGCCACCAGCUGCAGGGCGACGCGGGCUUCCCAGAGUCCCAGCCAAGGAUCCCCAGCUCCCGGAUGGCCCCCGCCAGUGUGGGUCACCGUCACCGGAUGUGCCCUGAGGACUGGAGGGCCGGGCCCGGUCCCCCAAGUAUCAGGCACAAGGGGUCCUUUGCCACCUGCAGCCCCUGUGAGGACGCUGCUCCCCAGAGCCCCCUCCUGGACAACACGGAGGCCCCUGGUGCUCAGGGGAGCACAGGGGAGACCCCAGUGGAAUGGGAGUGUGGAGUCCUGGCCCCCGAUGUGUACUGGGUUUGUGAUGUGGGCCUCACGCAGGAGCUCGGGGAGCAGCAGUUUCCAGAGAUUGAAGACAAAAUUGCUUGA